GAGUCAGUCUCAGUUGAACGCUCGACACGGCUAUACGGCAGGCUGCUUCUCAGAAAUUCUGUACCAUUUAACCACGAAGGCGACAACCUACACGAUGAAGUGCUUUGCUUUGAUAUCAAUCCUGGCACUGGUGCUGGCUUCCAUGUGUCUGGCUCCGGCGGAGGCCAGCUUUUGUCCGUGCAAUCUCAAGACGGAGAAGACGGAGGUGUGCGGCUCCAAUGGGGUCACCUACAAGAAUCGCUGCGAAUUCGAGUGCACACAACGCGACUACAAGAAGCUGGGCCGCGUUUUGAAUAUCAGAAAUUCGGGGCCUUGUUAAAGGAGAAUCCAAAAAGAGAUUUACUCAAAUGUAAAGGGAGAUAAGCUCCCAAUUUAAAUAAGUGCUGUGAGAUAAUGGAACCUUGAAAUAAUAUAUAUACAUAUAUGUAUAUUAUUGUUAUUGCUAAAUUAAGACAAAUAUGUCUUGAGUAAAUGUAUUUUGGUUUUGUUGAUGU